GUGAUGAACACAUUUUGCUUUCUCUGAUUCGUUUGCAGGAUACAAGAGGAUUAGAAUUAGUUUAUAUGAAAUUUACAAGAUUCCAUUGAGGCCAAAAUGGAGAGUAAUCGACCUCGUUUGCAAAAAUUCAGUGAUUUGUCUACAAUGGUUCUAACAGAAGAGGAGCAGCAAAUGUUUCGAGAUGAAAAUUUGUAUCCUCAUGCUACAGUGAUCAUCAAUAAUACGAACCGAAAGGAAGAAGAGAUUGAGGCUCAUAAAAAAGAAAAUAUAAAGCUUUUGGAGACGAUUCGAGAUCAGAAAGAAGUUCUACUUAAAGCUAGAGAAAAUGAAACGAAGUUGAAAGAAACAAUAGAGGAACUUGAGAAGGAAUGUUCUGAACUGAGGGAAAAGGGCAAUCAGUUUAAGGACACUCUGGCAGUAAAGUCGAACGAAUUGGGAGAAACACGAGAGCAGUUAAAAGUUUUGCAAGACCAAUUUGAGUACAAGGAAAAAGCUUUAAGGGAUUCCAAAGGGGAAUUGAGAUUGAACGAAAGGACUUUAAGGGAAUCCGAAGAAGAAUUAAGAAACCUGAAGGAAGACCUCGAUGAAGAAUUGAAACUACAAGUGCAGAGACUGAAUAAGUCGGAAGAAAACGUUAACAAGUUGGAUAAUGUGAACCACAGUAUAACUAUGGAACUAUCGGAAAAAGAAGAGGAAAUAAAAAGGUUAACUACGGAGCUGGAAAUGGUACAACAAAGGUGCAGCAUGUUCAUCACCAAUUUGCGAUUCAAGUUCUGCCGGAUCCAUGCAAAGUUAUGUGUAUUGGGUAAACUGGUCUACAUGGUCAGCCCUUGGAGGUUGCAGUCGAACAUGUGGAGGUGGUAUACAGACGCGGUCAAGAAUUUGCCUGUAUAUGUGCAGUUAUAGGAACCAGUAUUGGGGUUUGUAUUGCUUCCACCGAAAAACAGAUUCAGGUGUUACAGAGUCGGCGACACAACCAUGUAAUCAGAACUAUGUAAACGGUGGUGACUUUGUGAACGGUGUUUGCCAGUGUAAAUCUGGUAUGAAAGGAACAUGCUGUGAAGGUAAGAAUCCUUGUUUGUAUUUCACGUAUUUAUAUUUGUCCAGAGAAAGCAGUAAAAGUCCUAUCUUUAUAAACAACAAUAUGUUAGCUUUAAAAUACUUUGUAUUGUUUAUUGAUUUUAAAAUCACUUUAUCAUACCUAAUGUCUAAUAAUUUUGCAUGAUAUCCACAAACACAAUGAACAUUCUAUUAUAUAUUAGGUUUGUGCGUAUUAUGUAUUUGGAAUUUCCAUGUCAAUAAAAUAAUUUCCAUUAUUAUACAAGAACAUGUUAUUAUUAUAGUUCAAACAACACCAAUAACUGCAUUUGUAAUCAUAAAGACAUUGUUUACAGUUGCCCCUAUGUGUAGCUCCCCUUGCCAAAACGGUGGGAAAUGUAUUCUCGAUAAAACGUGCCAGUGUAAGACGGGAUUUUAUGGCAAACAUUGUGAGCUAGGUAAGUGCCCGUUAUCAUGUGUAUUAUUGCAACCACAUGCCAGCGCAGGACGGUAUUCUAUGGCAAACAUUGUGAGCUAGGUAAGUGCCAUUUAUCUCGUGUAUUAUUGCUACAACAUGCCAGUGUAAGAUAGAAUUUUAUGGCAAACAUUGUGAGCUAGGUAAGUGCCCGUAAUCAUUUGAAGUAUUGAUAAAACUCGACAGUGUUACGCGGGAUUCUAUGGCAAACAUUGUGAGCUAGGUGAAAGCCCGUUAUCGUGUGUAUUAUAGCUGCAACCUGUCAGGGAAAGUCGGGAUUCUAUGGCAAACAUUGUGAGCUAGGUAAGUGCCCGUUAUCGUGUGUUCUAUUGCUACAACCUACCAGUGUAAGACGGAAUUCUAUUGCAAACAUUGUGAGCUAGAUAAGUGCCCGUUAUCAUGUGUAUUAUUGCAACAUAAUGCCAGUGUAAGACUGGAUUCUAGGACAAACAUUGUGAGCUAGGUAAAUGCCCGUUGUCAUGUUUAUUACUGCUACAACAUGACAGUCUAAGGCAGAAUUUUAUGGCAUACAUUGUGAGCUAGGGUAGUGCCCGUUAUCAUGUGUAUUAUUGCUACACGUGCUGGUGUAAGACUGGAUUAUAUGGCAAACAUUGUGAGCUAGAUAAGUGCUGGUAUUCAUGUGAAUUAUUGCUACAAUAUUCCAGUGUAAGACAGGAUUAUAUGGCACACAUUGUGAGCUAGGUAAGUGACCGUUAUCGCGUGUUCUAUUGCUACAAUCUUUCGGUGUAAGACGGGAUUCUAUGGCAAACAUUGUGAGCUAGAUAAGUGCCGGUAUUCAUGUGAUUUAUUGCUACAAUCUUCAAGUGUAAAACAGAUUAUAUGGCACAUUUUGUGAGCCAGGUGAAUGCCCGUUAUCGCGUGUAUUAUUGCUACAAUCUGCCGGUGUCUGACGGGAUUGUAUGGCAAACAUUGUGAGCUAGGUUAAUGCCCGUUAUCAUGUGAAUUAUUGCUACAAUCUUUCAGUGUAAAACAGGAUAAUAUGGCACACAUUGUGAGAUAGGUAAGCGCCCGUUAUCAUGUGUUUUAUUGCUACAACUUGCAAGUGUAAGACGGGAUUCUAUGGCAAACAUUGUAAGCUAGGUUAGUGCCCGUUAUCAUGUGUAUUAUUGCUACAACAUACAAGUGUAAGACUGGAUUAUAUGGUAAACAUAGUGAGCUAGGUAAGUGCCCGCAAUCACGUGAAUUAUUGCUACAUCAUGCCAGUGUAAGACUGGAUUCGAUGGCAAACAAUGUGAACUAGGUAAGUGCCCGUUAUCAUGUGUAUUAUUGAUAAAACAUGCCGGUGUCAGACGGGAAUCUAUGGCAAAUAUUGGGAGCUAGGUUAGUGCCCGUUAUCAUGUGUAUUAUUAUUACAACAUACCGAUGUAAGACUGGAUAUUAUGGCAAACAUUGUAAGCUAGGUUUGUGCCCGUUAUCAUGUGUAUUAUUGUUACAACAUGCCAGUGUAAGACUGGAUUAUAUGGCACUAAUCGUGGGCUAUGUUAGUGCCUGUUAUCAUGUUUAUUAUUGCUACAAUCUACCAGUGUAAGACUGGAUUAUAAAGCACACAUUGUGAGCUAGGUUAGUGCCCGUUAUCAUGUGUAUUAUUGCAACAACCUACCGGUGUAAGAAUGGAUUCUUUGGCAAACAUUGUGAGCCAAGUAAGUGCCUGUUAUCAUGUGUAUUAUUGCAACAACCUGCCGGUGUAAGAAUUGAUUCUAUGGCAAACAUUGUGAGCCAAGUAAGUGCCGGCUAUCAUGUGUAUUAUUGCUACAACAUUCCAUUGUAAGACUGGAUUAUAUUAUACACAUUGUGGGCUAGGUUAGUGCCCGUUAUCAUGUGUAUUAUUGCUACAAUCUACCAGUGUAAGACUGGAUUAUAAAGCACACAUUGUGAGCUAGGUUAGUGCCCGUUAUCAUGUGUAUUAUUGCAACAACCUACCGGUGUAAGAAUGGAUUCUUUGGCAAACAUUGUGAGCCAAGUAAGUGCCUGUUAUCAUGUGUAUUAUUGCUACAACCUGCCGGUGUAAGAAUUGAUUCUAUGGCAAACAUUGUGAGCCAAGUAAGUGCCGGUUAUCAUGUGUAUUAUUGCUACAACAUUCCAUUGUAAGACUGGAUUAUAUGAUACACAUUGUGGGCUAGGUUAGUGCGCGUUAUCAUGUGUAUUAUUGCUACAACCUGCCGGUGUAAGUCGAGAUUAUAUGGCAAACAUUUUGAGCUAGGUAAGUGCCCGUUGUCAUCUGUAUUAUUGCUACAAUCUGACAGUGUAAGACUUGAUUCUAUGGCAAACAUUGUGACCUAGGUAAGUGCCCGUUAUCAUGUGUAUUAUUGCUACAACCUGCAAGUAUAAGACUAUAUUCUAUGGCGAACAUUAUGAGCUAGAUAAGUGCCCGUUAUCAUGUGUAUUAUUGCUACAACCUGCAGUAGUAAGACGGGAUUCUAUGGCAAACAUUGUGAGGUAGGUAAGUGAUUGUUAUCAUGUGUAUUUUUGCUACACCCUGCCGGUGUUAGGCGGGAUUAUAUGGCAAACAUUGUGAGCUAGAUAAGUGCCGGUAUUCAUGUGAAUUAUUGCUACAAUAUUACAGUGUAAGACGGGAUUAUAUGGCACACAUUGUAAGCUAGAUAAGUGUCGGUUAUCAUGUGCAUUAUUGCUACAACCUGCCGAUGUAAGACGGGAUUCUAUGGCAAACAUUGUGAGCUAGGUAAGUGCCCGUUAUCAUGUGAAUUAUUGCUACAACCUGCCGAUGUAAGACGGGAUUCUAUGGCAAACAUUGUGAGCUAGGUAAGUGCCCGUUAUCAUGUGAAUUAUUGCUACAACCUGCCGAUGUAAGACGGGAUUCUAUGGCAAACAUUGUAAGCUAGAUAAGUGCCCGUUAUCAUGUGAAUUAUUGCUACAACCUGCCGGUGUAAGACGGGAUUCUAUAGCAAACAUUGUGAGGUAGACAUGCCGAUGUUAUACUUAUGUUAAAACUACAGAAACAAGCUCAGUAGCAAAAUGUUUAAUCGGGAUUUUAUGGCAAACAUUGUUAGAUAGGUAAGUGGCCGUUAUCGUGUGUAUUAUUGCUACAACAUGACAGUGUAAGACGGGAUUUGAUGACAAACUUUGUGAGACAGGUAAGUGCCCGUAAUCACGUGUAUUAUUGCUACAACGUGCCGAUGUAUGGCUUGAAUAUAUGGGUAACAUUUCGAGUGGCAUAAAUUUGGGAUUAAUAGUGGCAUUGCAAACCAGGAUUAUAUGGCAAACAUUGCGAGAUGUGUGUCCAUAUACACGUGUAUUCAUUUGAAACAUAUAUUAAUGCAAACAUAGCGAGUAAGGUAGGUUCCUGUAGUUUUUGUUUAAAUCCUGUGAUUGUAAAACAUUAUGUUAUGGCCCUUUUGCACGAGUGCUCUUGAAGAAACUUGCCCGUGUAAGACAUGGUAAGAUAGGUAUGUGCAUGUACCUAAGUACUCACUUAUUCGCUUUAUUUAAACCAGAGCAAGACUGGAUGCUUUUACAAACAUUUAGAGUUAGAUAAGUCCCCGUUAGUGGCUUGUACGUAAAAUAGCAAUUGCAAUAUGCUCGUGUAAGACAGAAACUAAUAACAGUCGUCGCAAUAUAUGUAAUUGCUGUAUAAGCUUGCAUCUUGAAGAAACCCAUCCAGUGGAGGAUAGAACACGACCGCAACGACCGGUAUCAUCUCACACUUGCCAAUUUAAAACAGUACCUGUUGGUACGUAUUUGAAUGUAAGACAUAUUUAUCAGGCAACUAUUUCCAUUUAAGUUAGUGCCAUAUGCAUCUUAAGAUAAUGACACCUCUCAGAUUUAGACUGUUUGGACUUUAGUAAGGAUGCGUAUUGACGUAUAUUCUCGUCUGCAGUCUCGUUACUGCGAACAUUUCUCGUUCGGUAGAUGCAAUAUGCAAAUGAAAUCUUAUAUACACCGCUCAGAGUAAGACAGGAGUGAAUGACAAGCAUUUCGGGUUAGAUAAAUGCCCGUUUUCAUAAGAUAUAUGUAUGCGACCAAUCCCGGUUAGACAUGACUUAAUUUCAAAUAUCGCGAGAGAGGAAGGUACGCGUAAGUAAUUUCGUACAAUGACCUAUCCGCAUGGUGAAUUGUCUAUUUUCUAUUUAUAGCAUCCAUUAGUUUAAUUUAAUGUGUCGCAGGUGCACUCUUUAAGUCAAGUUAGUCGCGGGCUACGGAUUAGAUAAUCGUUUAUAUAUAUUUUUUAUCAAAGGCAACUUCAACUAGGCACUAUUGCUGCUUUCUAUUAUGAAACGGACUAACCAGAUCAUGAUUAUAUCAAUCAAUGCUGUUUAUCGAAGCAAAUGUUUGUUUAGUCAAACUAAUACGGAUUGUUUGCGUUUUGUUUGUUUUGUUUUGAAGCAGGAGAAAUGCUCGGAAAUGCAAUUUGUGCACUUGGAACAAGACUUGAGGAUCUUCACAAAUGGCUGUUUUUACAUUUACAAAACAUAUAAAAUAAAUAUAGGAGUCGUCAAUAUGGGACAAAUUGAUGAAAUAUCUCUCACUUAUAUUUCAGGUCAACAGUUUGCUGAACAAUUGAAGCCACAACUACACACGUAUAUUCCUUUUGAUGAGACAUUUCAGCUUCUGUCGUGGUAUGAUGUGCCGGCAUUCUCAGAACUAAACCGGGCGUGUUUUAUUAAGAUAAAAACGGCGGUAUAUGUAAAUAACUUACUUUACUAAAGUUUCCAUCAGCCGUUGUAUCGUUACCUAAAAUACCUCUAAUACGCAUGGUUAUUAAUAAAUAUUAAGUGCUCCAAUGCAAGUAAAACAAAUUCAACCAAAAAGCACGUAUUGAAGGUUUCAUUUACAGUAAACAGACGAAAUAAGAAAUGACGCAUUGAUAGGCGUGACUCAUCUGGAAUAUGAUUGGUCCCAGCCGGAAUUAUCUAGCACAUUAAGCGAUUGUGUUUAGUGUGCAAAAAAUAAAAUAAAAUAAAAAAACAAGGACUUAAAUUGACGUUGUUACACACAUUACGCAUAAGUAUAGUCGUGACUUACUGAAUGUUGCAACACUGACGUCACUGACACUUUAUAUGUUACAUAUACAAUCAAAGCUCAAUGUGACAAGAUUAUCAAAAACUGGUGAGUCGAUUUUUUUCUUUUACGUUACUUCCACAUACACUAUAUUAAAUCAGUAUAGAAUGUUCUCGGCGACACGAAUAUCCUCUCUUAUAUAAAUAUAUACGAUGCUGUCGAGGGCACGAUUUUCAUUAUUGAAAUGAUUAUCACGCACACGCUGACUCCACUGACGACUUGUAGGAUAUCUUGAACAUGACUGACAUAGUGUGAUAACAACCAAUGAAUGAUGCUCCCAGUGACACGACUAUCAUUGCUAUUGAAGUUUUUAAUGAUGUAGCUAGUGACAUAUUGUUGAUGUCAAACAAUUGUCAUUAUAUUAAUAUUUACCGAACACGUCAGUUACCCAUUGUCUCUGUAUACUUCAAGAAUGACGUCAAAACGAUGACAAUUCAUGAGUGAAUUUCUACCGUGACUUUCAAAAAUCUUCUUCUGACGUCACAACAAUUUAAAUAGUGUCUGUCUAUGUAUAAAACGUUCUCAAAGAUACAAAUAUACCGCUGUCGUCAUCGCUGAUACCUGUUUACCGCUGUCGUCAAUAAAACCUGCUGUAUUAUUAUAGAUAUAAUGCUGGUGAUAACACAGUCAUCGCUGAUGCCUCUUUACCGCUGUCGUCAUUGAGACCUGCUGUUUUAUUAUAGAUAUAAGCUGGUGAUAACACAGUCGUCGCUGAUACCUGUGUUUACCGCUGUCUUCAUUGAGACCUGCCGUAUUAUUAUAGAUAUAAGCUGGUGAUAACACAGUCGUCGCUGAUACCUGUGUUUACCGCUGUCGUCAUUGAAAUCUGCUGUAUUAUUAUAGAUAUAAUGCUGGUGUUAACACAGUCAUCGCUGAUACCUGUGUUUACCGCUGUCGUCAUUGAAAUCUGCUGUAUUAUUAUAGAUAUAAUGCUGGUGUUAACACAGUCAUCGCUGAUAUCUGCUGUCGUCAAUGAAUGUUUUUAAUAAUAUAUUACCCUUUGAACAGUAUAUAUACAUAUAAUGAAUGCUGCCGAGGAGCUUCACCGCUGAGUCAGUUAUCACUGGUGAAGUCACUGACAUUUUCUGUAUUAUUUAUUUUAGAAUGCUCCCGAGGACACGAUUAUUACCGCUGAGUCGAUAUCUACCGCUGACGUAAGUUCGCCACCUGGAAAUUAUUCAAUGGGGCCAUUAGACGCGCAUGGUUUUCUAAAUGGGACAAGCAGGUUCGCCUGUCUUCAGGUCAGAUGUCCCGGAUUUCUAACCACAGGAGCAGCGUUUGAUAUUGUGGUCAAUGUCACCAUGGAAACAACAUCCGGGCAUUGCCUAGCAAGAAGUCAGUCGGCUCUACUGAGGUCUGGAAAUAUCAUUUCACGAUCGACUGGAGAUGACAGUUUUCGAAUCACACUAUAGAAAGGUGAUAACUACGGUCCUAGGUUUGGGGUGUAUAUUGGCACUGGUUUCCGUGACCGCGCUGUGUACCAAGCCCAGCAUUCCUGCUACAGCGGAAGUCACUUUGACCACGUGACCAUGGUGGCAGAAAAUGGGGCAAUUGCUUCAUAUCAAUGCUGACGAUUUAUAUGUGAUUUUGCGUGUAACUCAAAUACAUGUUUGCGUCAUACAUGUAAAGAGCAUUUCAUUGGACAUUCUCUUUUAUUCAUAAAUAUUCACAAUAUGUUACUGGUUAUUUUUUUUCAAGUGUGAUCAACUAUUGAUCAUUGUAUAUAUCAAUUUCAAAAGCUUUGUGAUUCAGGUUGAAUUGAUAAAAUGUUGGUACAUGCAUAUAAGUAGUCAUUUUGUUUUAUGUAUAAUGUUUGGCACUGCUUAUAUUAAUAUUUAUUCGAAAUAUGAUAAAGUAACUUUUAAAAUGCA